AUGGGUCAGUGCUUCGCGUGGGGAGCAGGAAACAACUACCAGCUGGGUCAAACUGCAGCCUGCCUCUCGAAGAAAAAGGCGUCCAAGGUAGAAGAACUUCCAAUGGGCAUCCGAUCCGUCAGCACGUCCAAGUUGCACUCUGUGGUGGUGGGCUGCCAUGGCGAGGUAUGGACCACUGGCUUCGGCACGGGAGGACGACUGGGACAUGGGGAGGAGAAGUCUCUCGCUCUGUUCCAACGCAUCACGUCCCUGGAGAAAGUGAGAGUCUCAAUGGUGGCGGUCUCAGACAACCACACCAUUGCCAUCGCAGACAGAGGCGCUGUCUUCGCGUGGGGCUCCAACAAGUUCGGGCAGCUGGGUAUCGGUCAGCAGGCUGCUGGAGUCAGCGAGGAGGAAGUAUCCCUUGCUCCAAAGAGGUUGACUGAGCUGCGCAAACAGUGCAUCGUAGCAGCAGCAGCAGCAGCGAAUCAUACCGUCCUCGUGCAGGACAACGGGAGCCUGUGGACUUGCGGGUCGAACUUGCAGGGUCAGCUCGGACAU